AUGUAUGACCCGGCACCAUACACAGCCGCAGUGGGAGCUCUGCAAGACAAAUACGGACAACCGAGACAACUGGUCCAAAGUGAAUUAGGGGCAAUACUCAACUCCCCAGCCAUCAAAUCUGGAGAUGCUGAUGCAUUCGACUCCUUUGCCCUCUCGGUCCAGUCACUGGUCGGUAUGCUGCGCACGCUAGAGGGACCUAGAGAUGGAUUUGUGGAAUAUUGCCUCGUUCGCGGCAUCCUGCAGCCCGGUUCAGAGCUCACCUACUCCCUGCCUGACUUUGCCGCAUGGCUCCAGAUGAAGGCUCAAGCAAAGCGUCUGGCCAGUCGAGCUACCCUUCUCUAUAACUCUACCGGGCGUUCUACACCUAAGAGAGAACAGUUUCGUGCAAAGCCCAGAGAUAAGACUGCAUCAGUCUUCCUCUGUACAAGGGAGAGAGCCACCAAAGAGACCACUCGGCCGAAGCCUCAAGCCUUCAAACUCAGCCCUUAUUGCCCAUUCUGUAACAAUAAGGAGCACUAUCUCAACUCAUGUCUCGACUUCAAGAAACUGUCCCCUGCUGAGAUUAAGAAGUGGAUCCAGGAAGAGCACAACCUCUACUCCUCAUCGGCUCAGAUAUGGCCCAUCUGCUCUCACCAACACAGCCCGUCCGAUCAGGCCCAUCUGGCAGUCCCAUGGCAGUCUGUACAAGGCUCGGUUGGUCCUUGCAAGUUCCUUAUAUCAGUGAGAAGACUGCAACCCGUUCUAAGCAAGACCAGCGGGCUCUCACCCUCCUACAGACAGCCUCUGAACGCGCGUCAGCCAGUCAUCCCACUUUGUGCUUCGCCGGCUGCUGUGAUGCCCAACCUACGUUGCACUGAACGGCGGCUAGCCAAGGACACAGUUCGAGCGGCUUCAUACUGUACGGAGAUGGACAAACUACUUCAGGCCGGCUACGUUUCAGAGAUCUCUACGGAAGAGGCCGCAACUUUCACCGAAUCGUGCGGAGAUAUCAAGUCAAUGUUCCAUCAGAUCCGCUUGAUGCCAAAAGACAAACCUCUCCUACGUUUCCUGUGGCGGGACAUGCAAAGAACGUCUGAACCACGGAUAUACCAAUGGGAGGUGUUACCAUUUGGAACAACGUGUAGCCCCUGUUGCGCCGUCUUCGCCCUGCAGCAGCACGUCAGAGACCACGAACCUCCAGAUCCCCCCCUCACGCAUGUGAUCGAGCAGUCCUUCUAUGUCGACAAUUGCCUCCACAGUGUAAGUAAACCAGAAGAUGCCAAGGCUUUGGUCGAUGACUUGCGAGCACUUCUGAGAAAGGGAGGUUUUGAGAUCAGACAAUGGGCCAGUAAUGUGCCUGAAGUUGUCGCACACCUACCCCCUGAAGCACAAUCGACUAGCAGUGAGCUAUGGCUGUCCAAGGCCAGUGACAACCUUCAAGAGCCCACACUUGGACUGUGCCGGGAUUGUUUGAGCGACACGUUGAGUUAUAAGCAUCGCUCUAACGAGCCUCUAGCUGCCACUCUACGUAACGUCUACAGCGUCCUUGCCAAGCUUUACGACCCAUUGGGCUACAUUGUGCCAUUUACCACAAGAUGUAAAGUGCUUGUCCAGGACAUGUGGAAGGCUAACAUUGGCUGGGAUGACAAGAUUCAACCAUCUGAACUUCUCGGAAAAUGGUUGAGUUGGGUGCAGGAAAUUCCUACUCUGCAGCAACUCAAGUUAUCUCGUCCCUAUUCACCAGCCAGUGGAAAUACCGUCAAUGCAGCCCGUCAUAUUCACAUCUUCUGUGAUGCUUCAGAGCGCGCCUACGGAUCAGUAGCUUACAUGCAAAUAACGGAUGACAGACAACAAGUCUUCGUUUCCUUUGUGUUUGCCAGAUCGAGAGUUGCGCCGCGUAAGCAGCUGUCCAUCCCGCGUCUCGAGCUCAGCGCCGCACUUACAGGGGCACAGCUGGCAAAAGUGAUCGAGACUGAGCUCACAGUAACGCCUGAGCACAUCACUCUUUGGUCUGACUCCACAACAGUGCUGUACUGGAUUAAAUCAGAAUCCUGCCGCUACAAAGUAUUUGUUGGAACACGUGUAGCAGAAAUCCAGAAUCUUACCAGUCCAUCUCAAUGGCGGUAUGUUGGUAGUCUACACAAUCCCGCAGAUGACAUAACCCGAGGACUCACCUUGAAAGAGAUGGUGCAGGAUCACCGCUGGAACAAAGGUCCACAUUUCCUCCUUUUGCCAGAGAGAGAGUGGCCCAUCAUGCCCUCAUCUGAGGCAGAACCAGACACUACCGAGUUAAGGAAGUCAGCCUUCGUGGGAGCAGUCUCCAGCGCCUUGCCCACACAACAUCCUGACCUGAGUAAGUUCUCCACUUGGCAAGAGCUUCUUCAGGAAACCGCUAGCUCCCUUCAUGGGGCGGCCAACACUAACACCACAGCAAAGUGUUCAGCAACAGAUUUCCUUCAAGCAGAGAAGCUUAUGACUUAG